AUGGCGGCUACCAACGUCCCUUACGCGCCUCAGGACAUCCAAGAAGUGCAAAGUCUGCUUCAUAACCUCGAAGACAACACUAAGAAAGGCGUUCCCAAAAGCAAAAAGACAUUUUCCUGCAAGAAGACGGAAUUCAAUGUUGAUCACUCGCCAGCAAACCUCGCUGUUCACUCAUGGCGAUUUCAAGAUUGGGACUAUAAGCGUAAUGAUCUCCCUACUUACGCCCGUGGUCUAUUUACGGGGAAAAACGAGAAGGGUCAACCAGAGAUAUCCAUUCGGGGUUAUGAUAAGUUCUUCAAUACUGGGGAAGUCAACGAGACGCAUUGGAGAAAUAUCGAAAACAACACCAAAGGCCCCUAUGAACUGAGUUUAAAGGAGAAUGGCUGCAUUGUAUUCCUUAGUGGAUUGCAUGAUGGUACUCUUCUGGUGUGCAGCAAGCACUCUACAGGUGCAAGGGGCGACACUGCUCUUAGUCAUGCAGAAGCUGCCGAUCGAUGGGUCGACAGGCAGCUUGCCUCUCUUGGCAAGACGCGAAAACAGCUAGCGAGGGAGUUGCGGAAGAGAAAUGCUACAGCCGUGGCGGAGCUCUGUGAUGAUGAUUUUGAAGAGCACAUCUUGGCCUAUGGCAAGGAUGUCGCCGGACUGUAUCUUCACGGCAUCAACAUAAACAUUCCCGAGUUCAUGACAUAUCCGGGUCCCCAAAUCCAAGCCUUUGCUGAUGAGUGGGGAUUUCGAAAGACUGACUUCCUUGUUAUCGACGAUGUCCAAGAAAUGAAGAAGUUCCUGGAUGGAGUGGCAGAGACUGGUCAUUACAACGGCCGAGAUGUUGAGGGGUUCGUUAUUCGAUGCAAAACACGCGCUACCAAAUCCGAUCGUUACAUAGACUGGUUCUUCAAGUACAAGUUUGAAGAACCAUAUUUAAUGUAUCGUCAAUGGCGUGAGUGUACGAAGAACCUCAUCUCUGGAAAGCCACCUCGAUUUAGGAAGCAUGUUAAAAUUACCGAGGAGUACUUACUUUUUGCUCGUAGGAAGCUUGCUGAGAACUCUAAGAUGGCCAAAGAGUACGAACAAAAUCAUGGCAUCAUUCAGUUACGGGACGAUUUCUUGAAGGAGAAGAAUCUAAAGGGCUCCGACAUCAUCCGACAGGAAUAUGCUGCGACUGGAGGGGCUGCUGAGGACAUCUCCAAGGGUGUCAUAUUGGUCCCAAUUGCCACAUUAGGGGUUGGAAAGACAACCAUUGCGAUCGCACUCUCGCAUCUCUUCGGUUGGGGUCACGUCCAAAAUGACAACAUCCAGGGCAAAGGCCGUCCACCCCGGUUUACCAAAGAGAUUCUGGGCCAGUUGGAGGAACUCCCUGUCGUUUUUGCCGAUCGGAACAAUGCUCAAAGACAUGAGAGAAAGCAACUGCUUGACGAUGUUCAUAUGUCACAUCUUCACGUACGACUUGUUGCUCUAAACUUUGUGCAUACCCCAGAGACUCUUGCGAAGAUCCGGGAGGUUAUUCAAAGUAGAGUUCUUAGUCGUGGUGACAAUCAUCAAACCAUCCAAGCAGCUGCGGACCCAGAUAAAGUUAUUGGAAUUAUGGAAGGAUUCAUCCACCGCUUUGAGGAACUAAAUCCUUAUGCGGCGCCCGAUGACGGGUUCGAUACUGUCAUCGACCUCGAUCCAACCUUGAGCUCGCGGAUGAACCUGGAAACUGUGAUCAGCCAACUCCACACCACCUACCCCAGGCUGUUCUUCGAAGAUAUGCCAACAAGCGAGGAUCUCGACGAAGCUAUCAAGAUAGCUAUGAGCGAUUACAAGCCAGAAAUUCGGCAUGAGGUUGGUCCCAAGGGCGGCUUCAAGCGACCAAAUAAGAAAGGACAGCAGGCAAUCCCCCGCGAGAAGCAACAGCCAAAGGUGGCCAAGAAGCCCCGCCCAUUGGAAUAUGUCUCCGUUGCAUUACCAAAGAAGGAUAUUCUCGAUAGUCUUGAGAACGCCUUUGCCUCCAUCUCGACCAACAAGGGUAAAUUCUUUCGACAACUUCAAGAAACCCGUCGUGUCCAGCCCGAAUUUCACGUUACACUGAUCCACCGUGCAUCUUCCAAGUCUCACCCGGAUGUCUGGCAGAAGUAUAGUGACAUGAAUACGCUACUCGAUGGUUGGGACAACAAGCUAGGUGAUUGCCAGAUCAUGUUGGAAAAGAUUGUUUGGGAUGACCGAAUCAUGGCCAUUGUGGCGCGCAUCGUCGACCCUGGUUGGGAUUGUGUCAAUGCGGUUGCUCAUAUCACUGUCGGCACCCGUGGAGAAGACGUCAAGCCCAAGGAGAGUAAUGACCUUCUCGCAAGGUGGCUCGAAAAUGGGAGCGGCGAUUCAACUGGCAUUGGUGAAGUCUCCAUUGAGGAUCGACCUGUAGUUGACGGCACCGUCAAGGCUGUCAUGUCCAGAAUGAGAUAA